UUCAAACUUCGUGAUGUUUUCAGAAACUCGCACCAACGAGUUUUAUCAAAGAACGCUAAAAAAAUUUGAUUUUUUUAAAGUUUUUUAGAAAGAACUUUGUGUUAUCUCUUAGCAAAGUUUCUGUUUCUUAUUCAUGUGUAGGAAGUAGCCACCUUCUCCUGGCUUCUUUUGCUGCACCGAGCACACAGUGAGUGUACAAACCUACCAACUUGGUUAAUAGAGCUGAAAGACAACAGUACACUCGUCCCUUACAAAUUUCUCACACAAUCCAUGAUUGUCUUGCACCCUUUUGCUUUCAUUCCUUCUUGCACCACCAUUACAUGCUCGAAACCUUUUUCUCAUGACAAUCACUUUGUGCCAUCUCCAAUGGCUCUCCGGAUAGUCCCGAACAAUGCCAGGAAAAGAACAUUCUUAUGUAGUGCUAGUAGUCAGCCGAAAGAUUUGAAUGGUAUGGACUUCAAUCUAGACGUCAUUAAGGAAGAUUUGGAGCUCCGGGGUGAUGGCGAAGGUGCGUUUUUGGGUCAAGGUUUGAAUGCAACAAGUGAUGAAAAGAACAUUGUUGAAGAAGCAGCACAAGAUGGUGAAGAUGAUGAUGCUGGAUAUUCAGAUCGAGGAUCAUAUACAGGUAGGCCAGAGAAGGAUUAUGAUAAAGAUCCAGAACUCGGUACAAUUCUGGGGAGUUUUCUGGAGAAUCCCCAAGAGGCACAAUCCCAAUUGGAAGAUAGAUUAAGAAAGAAGAGGCACAAAGUACUGCACACAAAGACUGGAUCUGGUAAACCAAUGAAAGUGUCAUUUAACAAAUUUGAUUUUUCAAACUCAUUCAUAUGGUUUGAAUUCUACAAUGUUCCAUUGGCCAAAGACAUCUCCUUAAUUUGUGAUACAAUUCGAUCAUGGCACAUUAUUGGCCGUCUUGGUGGAUGCAAUUCCAUGAAUAUGCAACUUUCACAGUCUCCAUUGGAUGCACGACCAAGUUAUGAUUACAUUCAAGGAGCAAAUGUUGAACCAACCACAUUUUACAACAUUGGGAAUCUUGAGGUGCAAGACAACUUGGCUCGAAUAUGGGUGGAUAUUGGAACUGUUGAACCUUUGCUUCUGGAUGUUUUGGUAAAUGCUUUGACACAGAUAAGCUCCGAUUUUGUUGGGAUCAAGCAAGUAAUGUUUGGUGGAGCAGAAUUUGAGAGUUGGAACGAGGAUUUGAAAUCAGAGGAGGCAGGUUAUGGAGUUCACAAGAUCUAGCCAUUUUUAAGGCAUACGAGGAUUUGAAUGGUGAAGUAUAGUUUUAUUUAUGAAAAUGGUGAUGAAACUAAAUAAGCAUAUUUCCUCUGGUGCAUGACUGUUUCAAGUUCAGUAGUAUUGAACUCUCAUAGGAAACAAAACAAAGUUCCCCAUGUCACUCAUUUUAAAUUCACUUACCAUUCAAUUUUCCUUUCACCAUUAGAAAGGAACAGUAGUUAAGAAUAAUAAUUUAAAUAAUAACAAUAA